AUAAGCAAUAGAUGAUUUCAACUCUCCCCCAUAAACCAGGCUUACCUACUCCCUUCUACUCUUAUUUCUGGUUUAAGGUUUUUCUCUACAUCUCAUCUCUCAUGUUAUUGACUAUUCUCAUGUUUUUAAGGAGUUCUAAUGUUGAUGGUUAAAUAAAAUUAGUCAAAAUUUUCAACAAUUGAAGUGAAUAAAUGAUUAUUAUUGCUGUUAACUGAGAGAAUAUUCUCCACCUUUUUGGCUGUUUUGCUUUGGUUUUGUGAUCCAAACAUUGUGAGCAAAAUAAGCUAAACCAACUGGAGUAACGUGUAAACCAUUUUCUUCUCUUUGGUUGGUAUCCAUAAUUAAUUAAACCAUUUUGGGAUGAAUGCAAGUACAUUUUUUAAUCGUUCAACGGGACCUCAAGCAUCAACCAAUAGUCGACCAAGUAAUCCUCGGGUUAAUCCAGGAACUGGAAUCAACGCUAACUCACCAACAUCACCUACUGUAGGCUCUUCAUCAUCAACAACCGCCAAUGGGUUUAACUUUCAUUUUGAAUUUCCUAGUAUUAAUUUUGCAAACAUUACUGACACCCUCACAUCCGCACGAUUCUCUCCACCCAAUUUAUCAACAUUGAUUCCUAAACAACGAUCAUCAACAACAACUACUCGCAACGAAACACCAUCGCCAUCAACCUCGACUGGAUCCAACCCCUCUUCGGGAUCACGUUUAAUUAUGGUUUGUGAAAAUUGUGGUACCAAAUUCCAUUUUCUCAAGCGAAAGAAAACCUGCUCUGACUGUAGUAUGGAUUACUGUGUUAAUUGCUUCCCCAAAGAUGGGAAUCAUGACUUCUUCGCAAGUCUUAGGCGUGCCCGAUGUCGUCGCUGUCGUAUCUUCAAUAUGCAACCUCUCGAACGAACCGCUCUUCUUGAAUUAAGAAUCAAGGACCUUAAAUGGUACAUGGAUAAAAAACGUAUACCUCAUCGAUUUUGUAAGGAAAAAUCUGAAUUGGUAGAUCUAAUCCUACGCAAUGGUGACCAUGGUCGGCGCCACUAUUCGCCCUCUAACUCUUAUCCAACAAGCCCUUUGAAUAACUUAAAUACUAGCUCAAAUACAAGCUCAAAUCAUUCUACAAAUCGUAUUCCUCGUCAAGAUGAAGAAAGUUGGGUUUUUGUUGAAACUGAAGAUCCAAUUAAUCGGCCAUCUAACAUAAAUCGUCCACCUCGAGACAAUAGCUCUGAAGCCAAUAAUAUCAACACCAAUACAAAUACAAGUACCACUACUGAUACUCCUUUGAUACUGACAUCUAAUACUGAUUCAACAGCUGACAGUAAUUCCAGUUCAAAUAGCUCAACCACGGAUGCCACUACAUCUGGUUCAACCCAUCGAAAUGAAGAAACUGUUUCUAAAGAAAAUAUCAAUUAUGAUAGCAACUCAUCAUCAAGUCUCAAUACUGAUUUCAAGCCAUUUAACAUUGCUGAUCUAACAAGCGAGGAACAGAUUCGUGAUCUAAGCAUUCGUCAAAUAAAAUUGCUACUAACCCGCAAUUUUGUUGAUUUCAAAGGAUGCUGUGAGAAGGAAGAGCUUCUUGAAAAGGCUAUUAGAUUAUGGAGAGAUGUUAAUAAAGCUAGAGAAAGAGGAUCGCAAGAUUUGGACGAUGAUAAUGCUUGUAAAAUUUGUAUGGAGAAACUAAUCGACUGUGUCCUCCUUGAAUGUGGCCAUGUAGUUACAUGUAUCGAUUGCGGUAAAAGAAUGAACGAAUGUCCAAUCUGCAGGCAAUAUGUUGUCAGAGCUGUCAGGAUAUUUAAAUCAUAAAUGGGGAGCAAGUCAUUGAGAACAAAGAUUGGAAACUAACGAUCUCUAUUCAUCUCUUCAUCAGUCAUCUUUCAACAGUCAAAUUUGUUUUUUAUUGAAUGGCGAGGCAGCCUAAAACGAAAUUAUAACGAUCUAAAACAUUUCUCUUGAUCUCGUUAAUCAAAACACAAAAAGAGAAAGAUGAAAAUACGCUUAAGUGCCCAUAUAUAUUUAGAAAACUUUAAAUAUAUAUAAAUAUAAAGAAGAUGUUAUAAAAAUUGCAAUUUAAAUAAUAUAUGAUUGAAAAAAAUAAAUUAUAGAAACAAAAACAUAGUUGUUUCGUUAUUUCAUUAAAGUGAUUUGUUAUGCCCUUUCAAAA